CUGCUGGCCCUGGCGCUGCCCCUGGCCGUAGUAGCGCUGGCCUUCUCCGACGAGACCCUGGACAAAGUGCCCAAGUCGGAGGGCUACUGCAGCCGCAUCCUGCGCGCUCAAGGCACGCGCCGCGAGGGCUACACCGAGUUCAGCCUCCGAGUGGAGGGCGACCCCGACUUCUAUACCGGAGGAGGGCGCACAAGAGUGACACUUUCAGCUGCUACGCCCUCCUACUUCAGAGGGUUUACACUAAUUGCCCUCAAAGAACACAGAGAGGGUGAUAAGGAAGAAGACCAUGCUGGCACCUUCCAGAUCAUAGAUGAAGAAGAAACACAGUUUAUGAGUAACUGCCCUGUCGCGGUCACGGAAAGCACCCCACGGAGGAGGACACGGAUCCAGGUGUUCUGGAUAGCACCGCCGGCAGGAACGGGCUGUGUCAUUCUAAAGGCCAGCAUCGUACAGAAACGCAUCAUUUAUUUUCAAGAUGAGGGCUCUCUGACCAAGAAACUUUGUGAACAAGAUUCCAUGUUUGACGGGGUGACGGACAAACCAAUCCUAGACUGCUGCGCCUGCGGGACUGCCAAGUACAGACUCACCUUUUAUGGGAAUUGGUCUGAGAAGACGCACCCAAAGGAUUAUCCUCGUCGGGCCAAUCACUGGUCUGCAAUCAUUGGUGGAUCCCACUCCAAGAAUUACGUGCUGUGGGAGUACGGAGGAUAUGCCAGCGAAGGCGUCAAACAAGUUGCAGAAUUGGGCUCGCCAGUAAAAAUGGAGGAAGAAAUUCGACAACAGAGCGAUGAGGUCCUCACCGUCAUCAAAGCCAAAGCUCAGUGGCCAGCCUGGCAGCCUCUCAACGUGAGAGCAGCACCCUCUGCUGAAUUUUCCGUGGACAGGACGCGCCACUUAAUGUCCUUCCUGACCAUGAUGGGCCCCAGCCCUGACUGGAACGUGGGCCUGUCUGCCGAGGACCUGUGCACCAAGGAGUGCGGCUGGGUGCAGAAGCUGGUGCAGGACCUGAUUCCUUGGGACGCGGGCACUGACAGCGGGGUGACCUACGAGUCACCCAACAGGCCCACAAUUCCCCAGGAGAAAAUCCGGCCCCUGACCAGUCUGGACCAUCCUCAGAGUCCUUUUUACGACCCAGAGGGCGGGUCCAUCACUCAAGUAGCCAGAGUUGUCAUCGAGAGAAUCGCCCGGAAGGGGGAACAAUGCAACAUCGUACCGGACAACGUGGAUGAUAUAGUAGCAGACCUGGCUCCGGAAGAGAAAGAUGAAGAUGACACCCCAGAAACCUGCAUCUACUCCAACUGGUCCCCGUGGUCCGCCUGCAGCUCCUCCACCUGCGACAAAGGCAAGAGGAUGCGGCAGCGCAUGCUGAAGGCACAGCUGGACCUCAGUGUCCCCUGCCCCGACACCCAGGACUUCCAGCCCUGCAUGGGCCCUGGCUGCAGCGACGAAGAUGGGUCCACCUGCACCAUGUCCGAGUGGAUCACCUGGUCGCCCUGCAGCAUCUCCUGCGGCAUGGGCAUGCGGUCCCGGGAGAGGUACGUGAAGCAGUUCCCGGAGGAUGGUUCUGUGUGCACGCUGCCCACGGAGGAGACCGAGAAGUGCACGGUCAACGAGGAGUGCUCUUCCAGCAGCUGCCUGAUGACCGAGUGGGGCGAGUGGGACGAGUGCAGCGCCACCUGCGGGAUGGGCAUGAAGAAGCGGCACCGCAUGGUCAAGAUGAGCCCAGCGGACGGCUCCAUGUGCAAGGCCGAGACCUCUCAGACAGAGAAGUGCAUGAUGCCGGAGUGCCACACCAUCCCAUGCUUGCUGUCCCCAUGGUCCGAGUGGAGCGACUGCAGCGUGACCUGUGGGAAGGGCAUGCGGACCCGCCAGCGGAUGCUCAAGUCUCUGGCUGAGCUCGGGGACUGUAAUGAGGAGCUGGAGCAGGUGGAGAAGUGCAUGCUGCCCGAAUGCCCCACUGAUUGUGAGCUCACCGAGUGGUCCCAGUGGUCGGAAUGUAACAAGUCAUGCGGGAAAGGCCACAUGAUUCGAACCCGGAUGAUCCAAAUGGAGCCUCAGUUUGGAGGUGCACCCUGCCCAGAGACUGUGCAGCGAAAAAAGUGCCGCCUCCGGAAAUGCCGAAAUCCAUCCAUCCAGAAGCUGCGCUGGAGAGAGGCCCGAGAGAGCCGGAGGAGUGAGCAGAUGAGGGAGGAGUCAGAUGGGGAGCAGUUCCCAGGCUGUAGGAUGCGCCCCUGGACAGCCUGGUCGGAAUGCACCAAACUGUGCGGAGGGGGGAUCCAGGAACGCUACAUGACUGUCAAGAAGAGGUUCAAGAGCUCCCAGUUUACCAGCUGCAAAGACAAGAAGGAGAUCAGAGCCUGCAACGUUCACCCUUGUUAACAAGGGUCCAAGUAUCCAGGGCCCCGCUCGGGAUGCCAGAGUCACCGGUGGCUGGAUCGUUUGUUUGCUUGUUUGUUUAAGGCCAUUUAAAUCGUGUACGCUAGUUGUCAUUUCCGCCGUGUCAUUCGCCCAGUGGUCUUGUGGGUGCCAGGGACAUCCUUUCUGUAUACUUCUUGGUGGGCACAGGCCGAGCAGGGCUCCCUCACCCUCAGCCGGUCCUCCUCCAGCACGAACGUGUGAGCCACCCUGUACCACACGGAAAUGUGUCCCCCGAGAGCAUCCACCCGGGCGCAGGGCAGAGACCUGGCCUCCAGGAAGAGGCAACUGUGUCUGGAAAUGACUCUGUGCCUCAGUCCCGGGGUGCAGCAGGAAACACACCCCUCAGAUAAAGAGAGCAGAUCCCUUCAUUCUCUCUGGCCCGCCCUCUCUUGCAAGAAGCUAUGGUUUGCUCAUCUCUUUUCCCUUAGUGGAGCGUGAGGUCCCUUGUUGAGUCUCCUCGGUCAUCAAUAGUUCUUGGGGAAGACGGAGACGGUAGACAGGAAGAGGAGCAUUGAAGUUGGAUGGCUUUCUUCUUUCACUGAGAAAUUCCAAAUACAUUUCUCUUUCCUGAUACUGGUUCCUGAUAGCCCAAAGGAAAUGAUGGCGGAUUUAUCUGAAUAUAAGGGUGCCGGUUCUUAUACCUGAUGCACAGGGUCACUAAGUCUAGAAAGGAUUUUUGCCUUGUUUUGAGUUAUUUUUUGCCAUGAUUCUCCUAGGAAGCCAGUCUUAUGAUGUUUCCAGUACUAGGUCCUCACCAGAACCAAGGCCCAGGCAGCAAAAGGGGCCUCACUAGCAAUCCCAAACCUGAGUUUUAAAAAAUCUCCCAACAUGCAUCUACCUUUAUGUUUUCAAACCAAUUCUAACCUAUUUUACUUAUGCAAAACAAACCUUUAGCUGAGUCUCCCCACAACCCACCACGCCAUUCUUCAAUAAAAAUGUAUCUCUGUAUUUUAAAGAGGUUUUUUUUAAUCAUAAAAUGUUAUAUGUAAAGUUUUUUCUUUCUUCUGUAGACAGAAAAGGUGUGGCUAAGACAUUUAGAAGAUAGGAAUCUAGGGAGAAGAGAAUAUGACAGAAUCAAGCUGGGCAAGAAAAUCUGCUGGGAAGUUAAGCCUAGGUCAGCACUCCACCCUGGGGCUCUGGUCCUGGGCACACCCGUAGGGAAGGCCGUGGUCUCCAUCCCCUCCCCAGCACUCAGCAGCACCAAACAGGGAGACCUGACUACCAAGGAUUAGUGUAAAAGGACAUUUUGUUGAAUCCAUUGGCAGUUCUUAUUCAUUUAUUAUUAAAAUUCAUUUUGUUUCCGUUGCAGGUCUUUUUCAUUAUGCUUUAUCCAAAUAUGUAUCAUGGAUGAGAUGCAUACAAUGCUUUGAAUACACUAUUUUAAGAAUUUACAUUAAACACAUCAGGAUAUUUUCAAACACAACAUGUAGUAUAUGCUAUAGCCCUGAGUCUGUAUUAUUUUCUUUAACCCAAGAGGGACUGUUCAAUAAAAAACUCAUUUGGGUCUG